AUGAAUUCAAGAUUAAUAGGCAAUGGAAAAAACACUUUAGUCCUCUCCCAUGGCUAUGGGGGAAGCCAAGCAGUUUGGGAUGCAGUUGUCCCCGAGCUAUCUAAGAGUUAUCAGCUCUUCCUCUUCGACUGGAGUUUCUCAGCCGCGGUCGAUCCGCCGGUAGCCUUCGAUUCACACGAGGAUUUUCAUUUCGAAGCCUUCGCUGACGAGCUCAUCGCUCUCCUGGACGAUAAUAAGCUAAAGGAUGUCGUCUUCGUCGGUCACUCCAUGGCCGGCAUGGUUGGCUGCUCCGCCUCUAUCAGACGGCCGGACCUCUUCAGCCACCUGGUCCUCGUCGGCACCUCGCCACGGUUAGUUAAAGUUGUAUGUCACAAGCAAAAUUCUGCACCACUUUUUUAUGUCUGCGUGUGGAAAAAAUAUUAAAAUAGGUAUGAAUAGAUGCAGAUUUGAUAGUAUUCGAUGUUAUUUAGUGUUACUGUGGUGGUAUUACAAUAAAAUAUCACUGCAACACAAUACCACCAUAAUACCAAAAAAUAAUACAAAUCCAGAUGCGUGAAUUCCGCACGUUAUAUCGCUCAUGUAUGUCUGUGUGUGUGUGUGCGUGUAUAAAUAAAUGGUCGGAAGCUAUUAAACGAGCCCCGAUCAUCCCUAUGUAUACUAAAUAUUCGAGUAUCACACUCUACAUACGUGGGGAUUCGAACCCAUGACCUGAGAGUAUUUAAGAUCUUC